AUGGACAUGGACAUGGACGGGAGUGUAAGAUCAGGAGGCGUUUUGAAGAAGAAGAGUUCAUCAGGGUGUUUGAUCAUCAAAAAGAAGGUUGAAAACGGGAGUUAUGGAGUUGGGGGUUCAAACAUCAAUGGUAAGGAGAAAAAGAGACCCAGGUUAGUUCCGAGUGAUUCUGAUGUGAGUGAUGAGGACGAGGCAUUAGAGUUUAUGAGAAGGAAAGUCGAUGACAAGAGACUGUAUGAAGGUCCGGUGGGGUACGACAGAAGUGAUCUCGGGUACAGGAAGCUUGUUGGGAUGAAUGUUGAUGGUGAGAGGAAGAGGAGUAGGUCGAAUUUGUACGGAUUUGAUGACUGCAGUGAGGUUGAUGGGCAAAGGAUGAGGGGCGAGUAUGUGGAGAACAGGCUAAGGAUUGCUGAGCAUAGUGGUGGUGAAAAUUCAAAGGAUUUUGGUGUUGGAUCAUCGCAUAGGAAUUUGAAUGUUGACAAAAGGAAGAAAAAUUCCUAUAUUGACGGUCCUAGUGGUGGGAGGAGGAGUAAUGUGGGUGAUUAUGUUGGGUUUAGAAAUAAAGGAUCCGACAUGGAGGACGAUGAAGCACAUAUGCCAGUUUCAUUGGCAAGGGCAAAGUAUCAAGAAACAUCUGAUCAGCCAAUCAGGCUACAGGGGAAGAAUGGGGUGCUGAAGGUUAUGGUGAAUAAGAAGAAAAAUAUGGAUUUACAUCCUCAUUAUAGGAAAUUUGACCACAGGAAAGUGGAAGAAAGUGGUUUACAUCCUCACAAUAGGAAAUACAGUCCUAGGGAACAUGAAGAACGACCUGGUCCUAAGUCGAGAGAUGUUCUAAAGAAAGAAUUAUCACCAGCAUUGCCAGUUUAUGUGAAGCCACCCGAACACCGAGGCUUGUCGGUGGAGAAGGAGAAGAUGUGGGUGAAAUUGGAAAAAGUAAAACCUGUUUUAGGUAAAAACGUCAAUGGUAGAGAGUCAGAAGUCGGUACAAUGGUACGGGGCAGCAAGGAUAGAGAAAUGGAAAGAGUAGUUACUGAUACAACACUUCAGCUUGGACCACUAGUCCCAAAAUCUUGUAGCUCAAAGAAAGGGAUGGAAAAGGAGGAAGAAAGAACACCUCCUGAAAAUCUCCACCCCAUUACAGGGAAAGAACGAAAAGGGAAAGAAACUAAAGAAGUGAAGGCAAAGCGAGGUGGAAGUACUGAAAAGCAAAUCUUGCGAGAGAAGAUUAGAGGUAUGCUGCUUGAUAAUGGGUGGACUAUUGACUAUAGGCCAAGGCGGAAUAGAGACUACUUAGAUGCUGUUUAUAUAAAUCCUAGUGGAACAGCGUACUGGUCAAUUAUUAAGGCUCAUGAAGCUCUAAAAAAGCAGCUGGGUGAAGACGUAGCUAAAGCAAAAUUGGACGUUGGUUCUCCCUCGUUUGCUCCUCUAUCAGAAGAUCUGAUAAAUAAACUCACCAGACAGACCAAAAAGAAGAUUGAAGCAGAAAUGAAAAGGAAGAUAAAAGAAGAUGGAAAAGCUCAGAGGGCCAAGAAAUCUGAAGUGGGAGAUUCCGAAGAGAGCUUGGAUAGUGGUCAGAAUGAAGAGAAUUUCGGUUCAUAUGUGAAACAGAACAAUAAGAAACGGAAAGGUAAAUUGCUUGAGGUGGAUAAAGAGAGAGGUGGUCUUGAGUCAAGUGAUGACUCGCGCAAGAGGAAGCCCAACAAAGUCAAAGAUGGAAAAUCUUACAGUGCUUCAAAUUCUAAUGUCUUACAAGGAAGAACGAGUAAAGUGAUCGGGAGAUGCACUCUUCUUGUUCGUGGUUCUGAUAGAGGGGAUAACUCAGAGUCUGAUGGAUACAUUCCCUACAGUGGGAAAAGAACUGUAUUGGCGUGGCUGAUCGACUCUGGAACAGCACACUUAAGUGAAAAAGUGCAGUACAUGAACCGCAAGAGAACUCGGGUAAUGCUGGAAGGUUGGAUCACUAGAGAUGGAAUCCACUGUGGUUGCUGCAGUAAAAUUCUUACUGUUUCAAAAUUUGAGCUGCACGCUGGCAGCAAGUUGCGACAGCCUUUCCAGAAUAUAUUUGUGGAAUCUGGGGCUUCCCUUAUGCAGUGUCAAAUUGAUGCCUGGAAUAAGCAGGGGGAGUCUAUGCCUAGGGAUUUCUGUACUGUUGAUGUUGAUGGCGAUGAUCCGGAUGAUGAUACCUGUGGUCUUUGUGGUGAUGGAGGUGCUUUAAUCUGUUGUGAUAGUUGUCCAUCAACUUUCCAUCUCAUCUGUUUAGGAAUACAGGUGCUUCCUAUAGGUGAUUGGCACUGUCCGAAUUGUGUAUGCAAAUUCUGUGGCGAUGCUAGUGGAAUUUCUGCUGAAGGAAAUGAUGGCAUUGCUGAUGAUCUUACUAGAUGCAGCUUCUGUGAGAAAAAAUAUCACAAAUCGUGCAAUGUAGAAGUUCAUGAUCUCCCAAUGAGUUCAAGUUUCUGUGGGCUGAAGUGCCAUGAGCUCUAUGAUCAUCUACGGAAGAUUCUUGGUGUGAAACAUGAAUUGGAUGAUGGAUUUUCAUGGUCUUUUAUUCAACAAGCAGACGUGUCUAAUAACUCGCAUCGCGGAUUUCCUCAAAUGGUGGAGUGCAACUCCAAGCUAGCUGUUGCAUUAUCUGUUAUGGAUGAGUGUUUUUUGCCCGUUAUUGACCGGAGAAGUGGGAUUAAUAUACUUCAUAAUGUUGUCUAUAGCUGUGGAGCAAAUUUCAACCGCCUGAAUUAUAGUGGAUUCUAUACAGCAAUUUUGGAGCGGGGUGAUGAAAUAGUUUGUGCGGCUUCUAUAAGGAUUCAUGGAACGUGUCUCGCUGAGAUGCCAUUUAUUGGAACUCGUGGAAUCUAUAGGCGGCAAGGAAUGUGCCGGCGCCUUCUAUCUGCAAUUGAAACAGAGCUUCGGUCUCUCAAAGUGGAGAAACUAAUUAUUCCUGCAAUAUCGGAGCACAGGAACACAUGGACAACAGUUUUUGGUUUUCACCCGAUUGAUGAUGGGCUUAAGAAAGAAAUAAAAUCUAUUAAUAUGUUGGUGUUUCCUGAGACGGAUAUGUUGCAAAAGCGGUUGGUCAAUCAAGAAAUUUCUUAUGGGACGAAGCUUUCUGAAACAAUACAGAAACAAGCUUGGUCAUCACCUGCUUUUGUUGAAAAACCUGAAAUCAACUCAUUUAUGGAGGAGCGGAAACCUUUGUCAUCUGUUUUCGUUGGAAAAUCUGAUAUUGACUCAUCUGUGGAGCAGAAUAACCAUACGACCAAAGAUCCUUAUGAUAGUUCAGCCGGUAGUGCUUCAGAUUCUCCUUGUGAAUCUGAUAUAGAUCUUGCCAGCAAGAGAAAGUUUGCGGUGGAAAACGAACAGAAAGAAUGCUCUACUAUUGCUGAAAUAAGAAACGUGCCUGGCAUAAGAAAUGGAUUUCCGCACAAAAUUCAAACUGGACCAGAGGACGAUGAAAACCAGAAACCUUUGACUUCAGAUAGUGCUGAAUUUGCAAAUGUUCAUGAUGUUGAACAAAUCAUUGAGAUUAACGAAUCUUCUUGUUUUCCUAGUCUUCCUGAUGGUGAAGUAUGUGCAACAAACUGUAAUGCUGAGGUGGAAUAUGAGGCUGUAGGCCAGUUACAAAAUGACUUUAUUACCCAUGGCAACGUACCGGAUGAGGCUGUUGAUCCUGGAGAACUGAAAAAAUCUGAUUUUGAAAUAGUGGUAGCUGAAAAAGCUGCCUCGACUUUUUCGUAA